AUGUCAUUCGGCAGAAGGACAUGGGACCGUGAAGAAUACGCUGCCCAAUCUUUAAAUUCAUCUGAUAGAAAAUCGCAUCUAUCGUCAUUGGAUGAAGAACAAUUGAAGGUAUUAAAGGAUAGAUAUACAAAUUUCAACAAACUCUUAGAAUAUAAUGAAAGAGAUUUGAACAAAAGGACUUUGUCUGCAGCGUUAAGCGAACAUAAAAAGGGGAAGCAAUUCGGUUUUUAUUGUGAACUCUGUGAUUUAACAUUUAAGGAUACACUACAGUUUGUAAAUCAUUUGAAUCAUAAAACACACUCCAUUAAAUUCGAAAGUGUAUUUAAUGAGCCACUAUUGACAGAUACAAGGGACAAUGACUUAGUUCCAGUAAAUGAGGUACGAUCACAGUUUCAUAAGUCGGUUGCAGUUUUUAUUAAAAAUAACACUCUUCCUUCACGUAGGUUGAAUAUAACAAAGAAACCGAAAAUUGCAUCUUCUAAACGGAAUGAAGAAGUGCAAAAGACAAACUCUGAAAUUGAGAAUGUAAUGGGUUUCCGACAGUUUACAAGCACAAAAAAAUGA